AUGGAACAGCCAUAUAACCAACCGCAGUUAGUACUGGGCUCUCUACACAGUUUAAUUAUCCCCACCUCUUUGGUUGCAGUCCUGCCCUUGGCAUGCAGUGACCUGAUUCAGUUUGCUAAAAUGAUUAAGCAGAUGACUGGGAAAGACCCCCUUCUGAAUUACAAUGCGUACGGAUGCUACUGUGGACUGGGAGGAUCCAAACAGCCACUAGAUGCGACCGACUGGUGCUGUCAUGCCCACGACUGCUGCUACAGGAGGAUGCAGGCACGUGGCUGUAAGCCCAAAACGGAAUCCUAUCCUUGCUCCAUCCGGCCGGGCAACAUAGCCUGCAAUGGGGGAACCGUCUGCCAGAAGCAGAUCUGUGAAUGUGACAAGGCUGCGGCGCUGUGUUUCAAAAGGGCCGCCGGUACCUACAACAAAAAAUAUCGCUAUUACCUAAACCUGCGCUGCAAGGGAACCUCUCCCCGGUGCUAGGCUCACAGCUGCCCUAGUCUCCGUGCUGUGCAGUCCCAGCCCCAUCUCUUUCCCGCGCUAGGUGCUGUUCCUUUUUCGGCAAGCUGUUCCAAGUUCCGGCAGCAUUCCUCAGCAGGGUUCUGAGCCUUUCCAUUGACUUCAAUGGACUUUGGACCAGGCCCUGUAAG